GGAAAGGACAGCUCCUCCAGAGAACACCAGCCACAACAGCAGCCCAUUCUCCCAGAAAAAAAAAAAAAAACCUUCACCAUGGCCUAUAAAGCAGCACAUUUGGCCUUUAAGUCGCGCUGGCACAAGACAGACGAGGAGCUGUGUCGGCACAGCAUGUCCUUUGUGCUGCACAAGGCGAUCCAGAACGACUUCUUCAAGUGCUACCUCUACCUGCUGGAAAAGCUCCCCCUGGUGAAGCUUUACGCCCUGACAAGCCAAGUGAUCAACGGGGAGAUGCAGUUCUACGCCAGGGCCAAGCACUUCUACCGCGAGGUGCCCGCCACGGAGGAGGGAAUGAUGGGCGACUACAUCGAGCUCUCCAACACCGACGUGGAAUCCUCCCGGGAAUUCCUCAGGAAGUUUGUUGGGAUAGCUUUGGCCAGGGCAGCUCCUAUCCCACACAAGCACGUCCUGCUGCCCGUUUUCAAGAGUGUGGAGCUGGUGGACAUGAUGGAGAAUUUCCUGGCUGAGGUCCCAAACUACCUGCAGGGCAAGGAGGACAGAGUAGAGAUGUAUUACUGCAAAAGCCUCCAGGAAUUCACACCUGCCCCACGAAGAUACGACGUCAUCUGGAUUCAGUGGGUUUCAGGAUAUCUGACAGACAAAGACCUCCUGGAGUUCCUCAUCCGCUGCCAGGGUGGCUUGAAGGACAACGGGGUGAUCAUUCUGAAGGAUAAUGUGGCCAGGGAGGGCUGCACCCUGGACUGCCUGGACAGCAGCGUCAUCCGCGACCUCAACAUCCUGCACAGCCUCAUCGAGAUGAGCGGACUCACCAUCCUCAGGGAGGAGAGGCAGGAGGGCUUCCCUGAGCAGUGUGUCCCUGUCUGGAUGCUGGCCAUGCAGAAGGGCCCUGGCCACUCCUGA